AUGGUGGUAGACACUACAUACUACGACGCCCUGGGAGUGCCUCCCACGGCUACUCUGCUCGAAAUCAAGAAGGCCUACAGGAAACUGGCCAUUACAACCCAUCCAGACAAGAACCCCGACGACGAGACAGCACAUAGCAGAUUUCAAGCUAUCGGAGAAGCCUAUCAAGUACUGAGUGAUGAGACUCUACGAAAACAGUAUGACAAGUUCGGAAAGGACAAGGCGGUCCCAGGUGGUGGCUUUGGUAAGGUGUUCUCCUCCGUCUUGGACUCGGUCAUUGAAGGACUAACGGAGAUACUCUCUACAGAGGAUCCUGCGGAGCUGUUUAGCAUGAUUUUCGGUGGUGAAGCCUUCGUUGACUGGAUAGGCGAGAUAUCACUGAUGAAGGACCUCACCAAGACAAUGGACAUUACCAUGCAACAGAUGGAAGAAGACGAAGAACUCGCAAAGGAAACAGACGCCAAACUAAACGUGAAGGACCCGGCGAAGCCGCAGUCUGGUGAGACGACUACAACCGCUGCUCCCGGUGCUACCGUCGCUGAGGACGAUGAAGCUAAGAAGGAGGGAACUGCCGGAGCAAGUGAGGCUGCUUCCGGUACCAGCACCCCGCGACGGAACUGGGGACAGCAGGCAAUCAUGGAUAAAUCCGAGGAAGAGGCUAGAAUGCAGGCAGAGGGCUUAUCACCAGAGGAGAAAGAGCUGCGGAAGAAGGAGAAGAAGAAGGGACUCUCUAAGGAACAGCGGGAACAGCUGGCUGCAUUCGAGCUAGAAAGGAAGAAGCAACGUGAAGAACGAGUCAACACCCUUGCGCGCAAACUAGUUGAUCGACUCAGCGUUUGGACCGAGACCGACAAGGGCCCUGACGUCACCGCCGCAUUCCAGGAAAAGAUCAGACUGGAAGUCGAGAACUUGAAGAUGGAGUCCUUUGGUCUGGAAAUCUUACACGCUAUCGGAAGCACAUAUAACUCCAAGGGAACGUCCUUCCUCAAGUCACAGAAAUUCCUCGGCAUAUCAGGGUUCUUCUCAAGACUAAAGGAUAAGGGUAACCUGGCCAGGGAGACAUGGACUACCAUCUCGACCGCGCUAGAUGCCCAGAUGACCAUGGAGGAGAUGGCCAAGCUCGAAGAAAAAGGUGGUGAGGACUGGACUGAUGAGAAGAAGGCUGAGUAUGAGAAGAAAGUCACUGGAAAGAUCCUCGCUGCCGCCUGGAGAGGAAGCAAGUUUGAGAUCCAGAGUGUCUUGCGUGAAGUCUGCGACCAGAUACUGAACGACAAGGCUAUCCGUCUUGAGAAGCGGGUAGAGCGCGCCCAGGCUCUGGUUAUUAUCGGGAAAUACUUCCAGCAGGCUGAACGUGAUCCCAACGAAGAGGGAGAGUACAUGGCCUUCGAAGAGCUUAUGGCCGACAGCAUGGCGAAGAAAGACGAUAAGAAGAAAUCAGCUUCAGCAGCAAAACAGUCUACACCAAACCCCAGCAGCACCGAGAAAUAA